AUGGUCUCGGCGGCGGAAGAAGCCGCAGCGGCCGCGUCUUCGCCUUCAAACGUCAUCGAAGGAACUCCAGAAGUCCGCGCCGCCGUCGAAUAUGGCCGACGUCUUCUUUUCUCGGCCCUCGAUGGACUUGACGGCGAUAAGACCAUUGUCUGGGAUGCUGAUCGGAAUCUCAUGCAGAGAGUUAACUUGGUGGGGGAUCAAGGAGAUCAUGAAAAAAAAAAAGAAAAAAAAUUAAUAAAUACUUCAGUGAAAAUUACUUUUGAAACAGUUUCCAAGGGAUGUUUUUUGGCUCUCUAAAAGCUUCAAAUUCUUUUUCGUUCCUCUGAUUCUACCUGGACUUUCAGUUUGCCGGAACAUCGCUGCUGUCGGCUCACGGCGUCGUCGCGAAUCACGGAAUCGAGACGCGAAAAGCCGCCGAUACGCCCCACGUCGUCUUUUUCCUCUCCCCCACUGUCCCAUCACUUGAUCGUCUUUGUGACUACAUCGAUAACGUCAAAAAUGACCCGGUUUCCCAAAAAAAAAUCUAUAUUGUUCAUACUUUUCCAUUCAGAAAACCCUUUACCAAGUUUUCUUCAUCCCAGAAGCUUGGUACGUCGUCAGGGAGAAGCUGAAGGAACGACAAGGCGGAAAAGUUGGAUUUUCAAAGAUUUUUAUUCAUUUUUUCUGUUAGUAUGCCGCCCGACUGGAAUCGAUUCGGGAAAUUCCGCUCUCCUGGCUUCCCCGAGAUGGAGAAUGUCUAUCACUCUCACAGCCUCAAUUACCGUCGAGGUAUAUUUGAAAUGAAUUCUGGAGGAAGAUCAAAAAAUGUUUAAAGCCAGAAAAGUCAAAAAGCCCUACUUUUUAAAAGUUUGAUACCUUCUUAGGAACUCCCCAGUGGUCCCUAUCGGUUCUUUGUAGAUUUCCCUCCAGGGACACCACUUUUCGGCCCCUAUAGGGGCCACUCUGGAAUUCCUAAGCUCAGUAGGAAACUCAAAAUUAACUCUCCGAAAAUUCUUUUCCUUUUUAUUCAUAUACUUUUCAAAUUUCAACGUUUUUGAUGAUUUCAAGAAUACCCUGAUUCAGACUGUUGCUCAACGGGGACUGGACCCUUCUGCACAAAUGUGCGGUGGCCCUGAACCAGCUCAUCGAGCUGAGCAACGACGGCCGUCCGAACCCUUCGCCCUCGGCGUCUUCUGAACGAAAAAUAGCCGUUUAUUCGCGAGGCAAAUGGUCCCAGGACAUUGCCGGCAUGCUUGAGAAGCUUCGGAACUCGAAAAGUGUCCGUUUUGAGAAUCAGAUCAUUUUUAAUAUGUUAGUUAUAAGUUUAACAGUGUUUUUUCAAGUGUCGCAAGAGAAUUUGAUUUUUUAUGUUCAGACGCAGAAAAUACGAUAAAUGUCAAUUUUCAGUUUCUUCUUAUUCAAAUAUUCUUUUUUUUUUAAUUUCAGGACUCCGAAACCGUCAAAUCAAACACAACGCCCUCUUCAUCAACAAAAAUCAAGAUUAAUCGAAUCGUAAUCUCCGAUUUGAAGACUUUUCGAUAAAUAAUAUGAUUCCAGGUAGUAAUCGAUCGAUGGAUUGACCCCCUAACACCAAUGUUGACCCAAUUAACCUAUGCCGGACUUUUGGAUGAAGUUUAUGGGAUUGGGAUGGUUAAUUCGAUCAAGGUUUGCUUAGAGAUUAAGGAAUUGAAGCAAAAAAAAAAAGUCCAUGAAAUCUUUGAAAAUGAAUAUAUUGAGAAUAUAUGGUCAUUUUACUUGACGAUUUGGAGUUUUCUACAAAUUUUCUCAAAAGCUCUCUGAAUGUCUAGAUGAAGAUCUCUCAUGGUAGCUACUUGCGCAAAUUUCUAGUUUUUGAGAUAUUGAUUUUUAAAGUUUUCGUUUAACACACAGUAAGACCCUACAAGGAGGUCAUUUUUCUUUUUCUUGGAAUUGUCUACAAAUUUGCUCGAACAAUCUUUUAAGAUUUAUAUGAUCAUCCAUCAAAGUCGCAACCCGUUCCUCCUCCCAGUUUUCGAGAUAAACAUUUUUGAAGUUUGAAAAAUUGGACUUCAAACUUAUAUUUUGCAAUUUUUAAAAGCCAUAUCACAAAAAUUAGAAGUUUGCCCAGGUUGCGAUUAUGAGGGAUCUUCAUUUAGACGUUCAGAGAGUGUUUGAGUGAAAUCAUAGAAAAUUCCAAACCGCCAAGUAAAACGACCUCCCUUCCCAGUUACAAUUUCUAAUUUUUCGGUUCUCCAAGCUGAAUUCGAAGAGAAGGACGACGCUGACCCGUUCAUGACCAAGGAGAUUUAUUUGACUGAUGAGGUUUUGAUCUCAACUUUCUUAAUGAUUAUAUAAAAAUCAAUUUUUUUCAGAUCUUCAGUCGAUUGAAACAUUCGCAUAUCAACGGAAUCGGUUCAGAUGUGGCGGCGAUUUUGACCGAGUUGAGGAAUGAUGAGAAUGUGGGUGAAUUCUAGGAAAGGAAAAAAGUGGAAUGCAAAAUGUUAUAUGCUUCAUGGGUGAUUGGGCGAUGGAACUUUAGUUUUUUUGAGUUAUUAAUUUUUGAGAACUGACCUUUAGGAUACGAUUUCGAUGUUUUUGAAGUUGAUCUGUUUUUCAUUUUCUUCCUACAAAAUUCGGUUUUUAAAAAUCAAAUUUGAGUUCUUAAAAGUUUCAGAUUCAUGUUAAUAUGCGCUCUGAUGACGAACUUGACCCCAAAAAUUCCAAAAAAAUAAGCCAUUUUGAAAAAAAUUUCUAGUUUUUUUCUUAUCGAAGGUGAAUAGACUUUGAAAAGCUAAAAAAAGAAUGGGCCGAACCGGGGAUUGAACCCGGGACCUCUCGCACCCAAAGCGAGAAUCAUACCACUAGACCAUUCGGCCGACGGAAUUUCGGUCCAAUUUCUCCGAGGAAAGCUGUUUCUCCGAUGCUUUGUCCCUAGGAAAGGUGGUGGCCGAGAAAACUGGAUUCUCUUUUCGGCGCCAAAGAUAGUUCAAACAUUAAGAGACUGGGGGGUGUAGCUUUUUUCUGGGGUUAAAGUGAAAGAUAGAAUUAAGGGAAAUAAACUUUGAAAAUUUAAAUAUUUCAAUAACUUUUCUGAAAGAAAGUUCACCAAGUUAAAGAAAGAGAAAAAUGGACCUUUUUUUCGAUUCUGCUCACAAGGAAGGUCUUUUCACUUUGCCUAUCCUGAAAUUCUGUCAAAACACUCCUAAGAGUACCAAAAAAAGGAUUCUGAAAGCCUCAAGCUGCACAACUUCCUAGUUUUUGAGAAAUGUCGAAGAAAACCUUAAAAAUCAGCCAAAAAGCAAUUUUUUGGGCUUCUAACCCUUUUUUUUUGAAAACUAUGAUUUUGUGCAGAUUUAGACUUUCCAGACCUUAAUUUGGUGUUUAAAGGGGUAUUGUGACAAAUUUUCAGAAGAUUCCGAACCGCAAAGUAAAAUGACCUCCCUUGUCAGUAACUCAUAAAUCGUUGCAGUUUGACAAAGACACAAUGUCCGUGGCCGAAUACGCAGUUUUGGUGAAGAAAAUGCCUCGGAUUCUGAAGCGGAAAACGUUGACGUCGACCCACAUGCGAUUGGCCGAAAUGUCCAGGGCCCAACUUUAUCGGGACCUCUCUGACAACGUGAAAGCGGAGAAAGGUCGAGGAGAUCAGAUUUCAAAAAAAUUGAUAAUAAACCAUCAGAUUCUUGUAUAUUUUUGGUGGUAUGAAAAAACCACCAGCGAAAAUUCAAACGGCGACUUUUCCGAUUUUUCAUAUCGCUAGGGAACUUUCCGACGGCCACCUUUCCGACGGAUCCCUUUCCGAAUUUUUUCCCUUAAGUUUUUCGGUUUAUAAAACAUCUAUAAACAUUGUUUUUUUUCUAUUUCUAUGUGUUUUAAUCAUUAACCAACUACCUACUUUAUAUAGGGAGAUUUAAAACGCAGAUUUAUCGAGAAAAAAAGUCGGAAAGGGAUCCGUCGGAAAGGUGGCCGUCGGAAAGUUCCCUAGCGAUAUGAAAAAAUCGGAAAAGUCGCCGUUCGAAUUUUCGCUGGUGUUUUUUUCAUACCACCAUAUUUUUUUUUUCCGAAAGUCGAUAUUUUCAGAACUACUCGAGAAUUCCGACGGCGACAAGAUGAUGCCGUUCAUCGAGGAGGCUAUCUACGAUGCAUCCGACCUAAACCGGGGUCUUCGACUUGUCGCGGUCCAUUCCUUGACGGCUGGAGGACUGAAACCUUCAGUCUUGCAGUCAUAUCGAAGGAUUAUCACUCAUGUACGAUUUUCAACAAGAAGAGAUCUUAGGAACUGCAGAGUGGUCCCUAUAGGGACAACCUUAAGGAACCUUGGAGGGCCCCUCUAGGAGCCACUAAAGCUUGCAAAAAUGGUCCCUAUGGAGGUUUUUUAGUUAGGGGCCCAGAAAGGAGACAUGCUAGUCGAUAUUUUUCAUGAACUACAUGCGAAGAAGCAUUUCCAUGGGAGAAGCUGAAUAAUUAAGCGUCUUUGAAUGAAAUUUAAAGACCCCUAUAGGGUCCACUUGAGCUUUGGGGGCUAAGGGAUCAGGCCUUCAACCCCUUUAGGGGCCACCUUAACUUUACUCCUACAGGGAUCACUUUUUCGGCCAUGAAAGGGGCUGUUUUUCCCACCUAAUCCCUAUAAGGACCAUUUUAAAACUCCUAAGUAUGAUUUUUUGUUACUUUUAGUGAGUUUUUGAAUGAAAUUGAAAGACCCCUAUAGGGCCCACUUGAACUUUAGGGGCUAAGGGGUCAGACCCUAAACCCCUAUAGGAACCACUUUAAUUUACCCCUAUAGGGACCACUUUUUCGGCCCCAUAAGGAAAUCCUAAGCUUGUUAGAUUUUUUUUUCUGUGGGCGGAUUUUUCAGUGUAUUUUUGAAAAUAUCACACAGGUUUUCUGCGCCUUCAAAAAGGUUUUUAGAUAAAUUUAAAGGCACAUGAACUAAAAUAAUACUCAAGUUGACUCUUCCCCUUUAGACCAGUACGAAAAUUGUCUCUGCUCUUUCAAACGUGCAAGUUUUCAAGCGAAAAGGUGUUGAAUGAAAUUAUUCCAAGUUCUUCAGAGUUACGGUGUGUCGGCACUCAACAAGCUGCUGAAAAUGCAGAAAAUGGGGCUUGUGCGGGAACGCGGCGGUAGUGGAAAAGUCGUUUGCGAGUAUGCGCCACUGCUUUAUCCACAAAUGCGCAAGCAAUACGAUCAGCUGCCUGCCAACGUCUCUGAAACGGUGAUUCAUUCGACAAUAAGUUUAUUUUUUGUUUUUAGUAACUUUUAAAUGAAGUAGAUAGAGGUUUUCUCAGGAUUUGAGGUGUCUUUAUCGAAAACUAGGAAUUUUUGCAGGUUGAGAAUUUGAUCAUCUUUAUCUAAAACGUCAAAAAAUAUUCGAGCAUUAAAAAGUUCUUACAUUUUUCAUUCAGUCGUUGAUUUCAGAGCCCAACCGACGCCGCCUAUGCUUACAGCGGCUUCGCCCCACUCAUCGUUCGCAUUUUGGAGGAAGGCGACCGAUUGAGAUGGGUCGGUUGGCAGCGAGUCGUCGCUGGCGGAUCCGCCGCGACUCCUACCGACGCGACUGCAGACGCCGCGGCUCAGCGACUCGGCGCGAGGCUUGAUGAGAGUGGUAAGGACUCACCGGUCAUUCAAAAAAUCUUCUUGGGAAGUGGAGAUUUCAAAAAUUGGAAAGAAGGGGAUCGGCCAGGAGUAGCCGCAGAGAACAUUUAGAUAGCCUUUUUCAGUCGAUUCGAAUUUCUCUAUAUUUUAAAGUUUUUCGAAUCGUGGAUACGCUUUUGACAAUGUCUAGGCUUACCACCAACCAGAAAAUAUUUUUUUAUGAGAAAUCCUGUUUUUGAUGGCUUGAGUUAGCCGUGAAUCAGAUAUACUUGUUGAAGUUUGAGAAUUUUUGUCAGUUCCAUUCGUUCAAAAAACAGCGGUUAGCUAGCAGUGAAUAUAUCUCUCAGAGAAGAAGCUAAAAAGCUGUAAUUUAGUGAAAAAAAAACUGAAAGUAAAGUUGUCAGCUUUUCCAGAUUCUGAUGGAUAAAUAAUUAUUGUGGGGUCAUAACUUUUUUCACAGGCCUUGUUGUUGAACUUCGAGAUAGGACUUAAAAAAUUGACCUCAAUCCUAAAAAAAAAACAAUUAAAUUGAAAAAUAAACCUCAACUUCAUUUUUAUGAACCAAAUUGUGAUCAGCUCAAUAAUUUUCUUUUUUUGAAAUCAUGGAUUUCAUUUAGAUGACGACGGCACGGCUGUCUUUGUCGUCGGCGGCGUGACGAGGGCCGAAGUCGCCGCGAUCCGAUGCCGUCUCCCAAAUGUCCGACUCAUCGCGACGACCGCCAUGCUCACUGGAAACGUUCUCUUGGAUAGUAUCACCACGAUUUAA